AUGCAAGGAGAACGACCAAGUAAGCCUUUUACUUCUCGUUCUUUACCCGGUGAACACUCUUCGCCGAACAAUUUACCCUCUUCAAUAAAUAAUUUACCCUCUUCAAUAUCGAUAACUGCGAUUGUUGGUGCUGCUGUUGGUGGAGCCGCUGCUUUAGUGUCUACUACUUCUGCUUCUACUUCACCAGUAUCACUACCAGCAACUCGGCAACAAAAAAAUCAAAACUCUUCCUCCGUCACCUCCUCUUCUGUUAAUACCUCACAAAACAUUUCAUCACUAAAUCCUCCCCCUACAGCACAUCAACUCGAUCUCACAAACAAUAAGUUCACCAGACGAACAAGACGUAGUCUCUCAACUUCUUCGUCGAGUCAAAGUCUAUUAAAGAAAAGUUUAGCACUAAAACCACGUACACAAUCAAAUUUAUACCCAAACUUAUUUCCUUCGCCCCAGACUUCCCCGCCUCUACCUUCUCCUUCCACCUCUUCCACCACAACAAAUAACUUAACUAGUCCAUCCACUUCUACAACCACAAAUGAAAGUGAUACUAGUCAACGUAGUUCUUUCGAAGAUUUCGAUGACUACUCUACACCAGGAACCCCCUUCUCUACCACAAAUUCUAAUGUCACAUCAGCGAGUAGCUCACUAAACUCACCACAUUUCUCUUCUCUACCACCUAACCAUCUUGCUUUUUCGCGUGAUAGACAUCAUUCAUUAUUCGUGCUUUCCGCAAAAUACAAUGUAAUUGGUGGUAGUAGCAGCAGCAAUAAUCAACAAGCAAUAUCACCAAUCUCAUUAUCAAAUUCACAUAACUCGUCAAUCCUCUCGCCUUCCUCUCCGUCUGCCACUCACGAUAAUACUGUUUCAGUUUCUGGAAGUGGUCCACGAAAUAUUCCCGGUAAACAAAAUCAAUCACAAAUUCAAUUACAUCCCAUGCUUUUCCCUGCUUCUGCGCCUUCCUCCUCUCCUCUGACACACUCCAGUAGUUUAACGUUUACCGCGAAACCUCCGCUCACGCAACUACAACGUAGUCCAAGUGGUGCAAAUUCUCAACUAAAGAGAUUAUUCAAUUUAAAAUCAGAAAAUUAUGCUUCCAGUAAUUCUUCUCCAUAUUCAGAUUCAGAGACUGAUUCAAUCGAAACAGAUUCUGAUGCAUACAUAACUAACGACGAACAAUCUUCGCGUCCUCCAACAACAACCACAUCAUCAUCAUCCAUGAAACGACGAACUUCAUUCCAAAAGAGUCCAACACAUCGCUUCUUUCCGGAUUUAUCCGCAGAAGCUGAAGAGAAUCUUGUCAGCCAUUUGCAUAUAAUCGAUGAGCGUACUCCUGACUUCGCUUUUCCGAAGGUGAAAGGAAAAUUGUUAAAAGAUUUGGAAGAAGCAAAAUCUCAUGCUGAUCGUAAAAUACGGACUAUUCUGGAGAAUUGGCACCAAUCACAUCAAUAUCAAGAGCAAAUAAGCGAAUUAUUAUAUGAUGGCUGGAGUGAUGAUGAUGAAAAACCUGAACCUAUUGUUAUAAAACGUAAUAAUAGUCAACGAACAUUAAGCAACAUGGGAAAUAACCCAAUGGUUAGUGAUACGGAUGAUGAAGGUUUCUCUAGGAAGGAUAUAAGAACAUUAACUUCUGAAUCUAAUUCAUCCGCAACAUCAGCCUCUUGCGUUACCGUGAUAAGACCUCAAAGUCUACUGAUUGCAGAUACUGCUCCUAGCAGUAGAAGUAAUAGUAUUAGUGGUCCUACUGAAGAAGCCUUGGCUCUAGCUAGUUUAUCAAAAACACCAAUCGUUAGCGAGGCUAACAAUAACAUUGACACCAAUUUCAUCACGACUGUUAGCUCGUCGACCACUUUUAAAAAUGUUAUAAGACAAAAGAAAAGUAUUGAAAGACGCAUGGUCCAUUCAAAUAGCUGGCCUCCUUCUGUAUUAGCUUCAUCACACACUAUUCUUUUAACAAGGAUUGACAGAAUAGCACGUCGCAUUCUGAAAACACAAAUUCAUGAUCUUAUUCACACUAACGUGGCAGUUGAGAUCAUGAAAGAACUUCAAGAAUUGAUGGAAUCACAACGAAAAAUGGCUGUGGGCAAUGCUGAUGCUGAGGAGUUAUUGACGCAGUUGGUGUAUGUGUUUGCAGAUGUGACAAGGGCAGUUGAGGCUUUGAAUCAUUCCUUUGCCGAAACUAACCACGAAUUAUCAGGUGAUGGAGCAAAUGACGGUGGCGCAACUACAACGUCAGAAUGGUCUUCCGUCCCAUCACCUCUUCCCUCGCCAUCUUUACCCGUAACGCCAAUCACGCCUCCGUUUUAUUCGCCAUCAACCCAAGUCCGUCGUAAAUCGUCAGCUUCAGAAAUUGUGGAAACGCCAACUGGAAUUUCCACGUCUACAACAACAAACAAUGGUCAAAAAUACACGUCGUUACUCCCUCCUGCACCAACUUAUUCGUCACCUCUCGCUCGCCAUAUGUCGAUUCCAUCUCCGAUAAUAAAUAGCAAUGCAACUUUUAACAAUCAGAAAUUUGAUCAAAGACGCGCUUCUGCAAAUGAAGCUAUUUUUGAAAGUCCUAUAAUGUAUGUUCCGCCUCCACGGCCUAGUAUGGAUGAUAAUUUGAUGACGUGGAAUAGUUUAAUGCGAAAAGAGGUUGACCAGUAUUUGCACGAAGAAAUGAAUCGUGAAAUUGAUUUUGACAUCUUGCGUAAACAAUACAAAGAUGGGGAAACAGAACUGAAAAAGUCAAAGAAAAAGGGACGACCAGUAAUUAAUUUCUUCAAAUCAUUGAAAAAUGCAUUUCACAGCCCAAAUGCAUCUUCAAAUACCUCACCUAUCGGUUCACCAACCAGACAGGCCACCAAUUCUGGCAAUAAUCUAGUUAAAAAUACUCAUUUAACAACACGUCCAUUUGAAAAAACUCGCUCCUUAUCAUUUGAUUCGACUGCUUUCUCGCUUUCUCGUCGCUCUUCAGCUCUCUCGUUAAAAGACAAAGAUAAAGGAGGAGUCCCUGCUAGUGUUGGAGCAUUAGAUACACGGUAUCCUAAUCAUCCCCAACAUCAUACAACCACACAUUCACUUUCACUCAGCACAACAUCGAAUAUCACGAAUCCUAGUAUGUUUACUAUGCCACAUGACUAUUUUUUGUGCAGGAUUUGUGAAGAAAUGAUCCCAAGUCAUGAAUUGGAUGUGCAUUCGGAGACUUGUGCGAUUACGACUGAAUAUGCAAUUCAGCUACAGAAUUGUGACGGUCGAUUAAAGAAAUUGGUCGGUGAUGUGGCCAAGAGAAAAGCUGAGAUAAUGGUAGUGGAACGGAAUACACCGUAUCGCGACUACUAUAUUGUAAAUGAUGCACAAAAUAUGGAAGAUAUCGGCUUAAAAGCUGCAAACAUCAAGGAAACCUCGAAUCGUCGUGAUGCGUUACGUAAAUGCGAGAAAUAUGCAAAUAAAUUAGCACGUUUGGUUGAUGAGAUGGAAAAGAAUACGGCAAAGGAUGAACUAAUUUUGACUUACGGAAAACGAUUGUUGCAUGUUGUACAAGAAAAAAGCGAAACUCUUCGAUCAUAUUUUGAAAAACUCCGCUCAAAAAAUGCAGCUUCAGGCUUAGGUACAUCCGUCACAACGCCCACGUCCUAUCCUCUAUCAACAUCAGGUGACAAAGACAGUUAUCAAAACCUUCGUCUUCCGUCGAAAGAUAAACCUAGAAAACAGUCGAUGCAAACUAAAAUUCUAUCCACAUCAGCUUCACAAUCUUCGUCUAAGGGAUAUUUUAGUCAGGGAAGAAGGGGUUCGAAUGCUGAAACUAUGAAUAAAGAUCUAUUUGGCGGAUUAGGAGGACACCACAGGAGACAAGAUAGUGCUGGGAGCAUGAAGAGUGCUGCAUAUGAUUCUGAUUAUGUACCGCCAGCACCAUCAAAAGGCGGUAAAACGCUGAUGUCACUGUUUACUGCUGUUUUGAGAGGCGGAAAUAGCAGAACAUCGAGUAUGAAUUCUUUGAAUAAUAAAGAUGGUGGAAAUGUGCAAUCGUCUGCAACUGGUGAUAAAAUGGGCUCAAAAACUAAAAUCCCAAGCAUUCAAGAUUUUGAAAUCAUUAAACCGAUAAGUCGUGGUGCAUUUGGCAAAGUUUACUUGGCGCGUAAAAAAACUACUGGUGACUUGUACGCCAUUAAAAUUUUGAAAAAAGUUGAUAUGGUUCGCAAGAAUAUGGUGAACCAUGUUCUAGCAGAAAGGAGGGUUUUGAGUUUAUCGAAGACACCUUACGUUGUCAAGUUGUAUUACGCAUUUCAGAGCCAAGAUUAUUUGUAUCUGGUUAUGGAAUAUCUCAUCGGAGGUGAUCUUUCGUCUUUAUUACAAGUAUUUGGCACAUUCGACGAGGAGAUGGCACGAAUGUAUACAGCUGAAGUAGUACUAGCGUUGGAGUAUCUUCAUUCUAACGGGAUAACACACCGAGAUUUGAAACCAGAUAAUAUGUUAAUAACGUCAGAGGGUCAUAUAAAAUUAACAGAUUUUGGAUUAUCGCGAAUCACCAUCCUCGAAAAAUCUUUUGUGAAAGAGGAGAACUCGAAUACCAAUAAUAAGAAAACCUUCCCCAUAAAUUUCCGUGGCGGAAGUGUUGAUGCGCGAACAUCAACCAAUCCACGUCCUGUUUCGGCGGUUUUUACUGAUGAUAGUAAUAAAGGCGCAAAAAACAAGACUGGACAUGUGAACUUUCUUCCAAAUGAAUCUGGGAAAAAAGAUCAUACAAACACUAAGAACAAUGAUAGUAAUAGUGUUCUCACAUCUUCAUCAUCAAAUAGCUCGUCAAAAAUUCUUACCAAACGACAAAAUCGACAAAGUUCAAAAGCAUUAUUGGGAACACCGGAUUAUUUAGCCCCCGAGCUAUUACUUGGAAUAGGACACACAACAGCGGUAGAUUGGUGGUCAUUAGGAGUAUGUUUAUUUGAAUUUUUGUGUGGAUAUCCACCGUUCAUGGAUGAGUCGCCCGAAGCCAUUUUCAAAAACAUUUUGCAACAUGAGAUUCAGUGGCCUGAUGAAGACACAUUGUCAGCUAAUGCUCGAGACUUGAUAUCGAAACUUUUGACUCGUGAACCGGAAAAACGUUUGACAGGCGCCGAAGUAAAAGCACAUCCGUUCUUCAAUGGAAUUAAUUGGGAGAAUAUUCGAAAUCAACGUGCUCCAUUUGUUCCGUCGCCUAAUGACGAUCAAGACACUAGUUAUUUUAACGCGAGAAAUCAACGUCCGGAUAUAAGACGUUUAUCUGCUGGUGAUAUCGAUGAUAUUGCUAGCGGGAUGAUGACGAAACCUGGAAAUAAACCGACAACACUUAUUGCUACUUCGGUGACUACCGAACCAUUAGAUUUACAUUCCGCUACAUCAACAAGUUCUCAAUCACGUACUAAACCCGAUUUAACGAUAAAUACUCAUCUUCGACCGAAACCCUCAUUCUCAAAAUCAAAAAAAUCCAAGAAAAAUCAAUCCACUGAUGAAAAUCUACAAACACCACAAUUUGCUCAGUCACAACUUACUCCUGGAAGUACCGGGACAACAUCCUCGUCUUCAUCACUAAAUGUUAAAUCCUCAGCACAAAGGCGGCGCCCUUCUCUACUAAAACUUACUUCCGCUCGGUCUCGUAAACAAUCAAUUAGCGGAAUCACAGAUCUUUCCGCCCUUUCCGCCGCCUCAUCUACUUCAGUAACACCGACAACCGCGACUGCAAUUCCAUCUUCGGCUUCAUCACUUUCUUCACCCUCAUCGCGAAGAUCAACACUUGCAGGAGGCUCAUCUCCUGUCUCGCAUAAUAAUAACUCGGAGUAUGGAGGUAUUGAUGAUGAAACGGAACGUUUAAAAACGUAUUUAUCGACAAGCCAAACAAGCUCGCAACAUCAAUCAGAUAACGAGUUCGACGCGUUUCUUUACAAGGGCGUGAGUUUUUUGGGUGAAGCCAAUAGGGAUGUAGUGGUUAGUGCUGCUUCUUUAAACAAUAAUACUAUUACUAGUAUUAUUAAUAUUAAUGGUAGUUUAGGAGGUGGGAUCGAAGAAGAAUGA